CUUGGAUACGUACAAAAAACGCGAUGGGGGCGGAAGUAUACAGUGGAUGCGAAAGGCGGAGUUUGACGUUUCUUAUUACAUUUUUUUUGUUUUAGCGUUGCAAUCAAUGUGUUACACUCUUAAAAUAUUAUGCUAAUGUGCCGAAUAAUAGCAGUAUUCAACUAAUGUGACCCGGAACACCAGAGAGAAGACCCUACUACGUACGAUUCCAGUUCAAAACUCAGUUGAUCGGUUCAUGAUGGGAGCCUAUCUAGCUAGGCCUAGCCUUGCUUGGAGGAACCUACGCCCUUAUUAGGACUUACUACUUGUAGGGGCUAGGGCGCUAACUAAGGCUAGUCACUUGAUUUCAUCUGGCUCUGAACCUCAGUGUCAGCGAUAAUUCCUAGAUGAGUAUCGUCAACAAGCAUGUUUACAAUAACAGAAGAGUGGUAAUAAAGCCGUGUUAGUCUAAACAAUAUACAAAGAAAAUAAAAGGCAGCACUCUCUGACCUAAGUGAGACUAACUUAGGCCUAGGGACUAGAUGUUAUUUAUUCAACACGAGCUUUCGCUGGCAGUCAAUGCCAGCUUCAUCAGGUGUGUGAAAUAAAAAAUUACAGAAGAUUUAGUGUUUUUGACUACCUAACCAAAGAAUGAAUUUUAUACAGUACAGAAAUAUCAACUUUGUAUAGGUAGAUAGGCAAGGCCUAGUUAAAUGAUAAUGCUAGCCUACACUGCAUUGAAACAGUGUAACAUAACAUUUUUUUCUAUGACAAUGACAUUUUUGGAAAAUAAUUCUGAUCACAAUUUAACAUUAUGGCAGUGAACGAAGAAAACUGUAGGCCUGAAUUAAUGAUUGAUAUAAAGUCUACAUACUGUUCACGCUUGCUUGAUGGCUUACGUGCGGCACAGGCAGAGAGCUUACUUGCUGAUGUCACCAUCAAAGCAGGCAGUCAAAGAUUUUCCUGCCACAGAAUUAUUCUUGCAGCAAACAGUGACUACUUUAAAGUUAUGUUCACCUCCAAUUUUCAAGAGAAAGAAGCACCAGAAAUAGUUCUCCCAAGCAUUGAUGGAAAUAUAUUUGCAUUACUGCACAAAUUCCUAUACUCUGGGGAAUUAUGUAUUAAAUUUGAGGAUCUUCACUCAUUCUUACUUGCUACUGAUUUUCUACAAAUGUCAGAAUUACCGAAAAUUCUAUCGGAUGCAAUUUUAAAAAGUGCAAAAGGAGACGAUUACGUGUAUCUUUACCAAACAUUACAUGUAUUGGACUCGUAUGCAUCAUUAGUUGACGAUUUAAAGUGCAAGAUUUGUAGAGAUUUUAAUGUCUUAUGCCAGACCCAGUCAUUCCUUAAUCUUUCCAAAGAUGCUGUUGUUAGUAUAAUCACCGAUAAGCGCCUUGUGAUUUUAUCAGAAAAGAAUUUAUUUGAUGCGAUAAUGAAAUGGCGAAAUCAGAAUGUACCUGAGCGAAGCCAGUUUUUAGUUGAAUUACUAGAACAUGUUAGACUACCAUUAAUGGGCAUUGACCAGCUGACAGAACUUGUUGAGCCUGCUCUGAGGGAUGUCCAGAUAGCUGAAAUUAACGAGCGUAUCCAACAAGUAAAACUGUACCAUGCAUCAUCUGGAACAACAAAGUACAAGAUAGUACUUCCACAAUUGCAGACAACCCCAAGAAAGUUAAACACAACGAUUAUGCUAGCUAUAUCCGUAUCAAGUGAGGCGGACACAAGGUGUACCAUUUUUCAGCUCGUAAUACCCCCGCAUUCAUACACAAAAGGUUUGAAACUCUCAAAAGUAUGUAGUCUAGAGUGUCGGGGAAUAGAUGCGAUGACUUUCACAAACACGAACAUCUUCUACACUUCUUCAAUGGACUUGUGGCAGUUUGAUCUGGACAACAGAUCCACUAAACGACUUCCAUUGGGAAAGUUCCUGGGUAAUCACCCUCUUGGAAGCUCAAAACUAACCUCGCAUCACGACUUAUUGUACGCAUUUGUCAAGGGUAUUGAUCUUGAAAAGCGCGUUCUUGUGUACGAUCCAUCCACUGAGAAUUUCGAGGUCUGUUCUCCGCUCCCAGGAUUUGAAUUUACAUGGGAAAACUUAGUUUCUUGCACAUGCGGUGUAUUCAUGUUCGUAAAAAUGUUCCCAACGAAAGUGAUUCAUUGUUACCAGUACCAUGCCGAAGACAACUCCUGGUCCACCCACGAUCUGAGAAACACGGAAGAACUUUACAUGAUAGGGUCUUGGGAGAAUAACGUUUUCUUCCGUGCAUCUCAAGAGAUGCUCUACUGUUACAAUACACUUACAAAAACGCUUUCCGACUUCACACCACUGCCUCCUGUCAGUUUUAGCGGUGAUAGAACGUAUAUUCAAAUGGUUGCCGUCGGUGGGCAUAUAUACCAGCUGUCCCUGGAUAAGGAUGCAGCGGCGUAUAACUUGAUGGUUCAUCAGCUGAUAAUGGAAGAAGGUGCUUUUACCGAGCCUUACUGGAAUUUACUGCUUCAAGAACCUGUUGUACCAAUAUUGCAAACCGAGCUCUAUCCAUUUGAAUGUAGUGACUGGUUUGGGGUGCAGCUAGAAGCAUUUGUGGUAUAACAAUUUAUAAUUACUGAACACAGUCUGUUACUGGUCUCACAUAAACUCUUUUUAUGGGCUUUGCUUGUCACAUGUGGGGCUUAUGUCCUCCUCUGCCAGUCCCUGCCCACUACAUUAUAGUAAAAAAAUACUACAGUAAUUGGUCAUAAAUAAUGACAAUAAAUUUAUACUAUUAAUGAUUCUGAUAAUAAUUAUUUAAUGAUAAAAAUAAUAGUAACCGUCAUAAGCAAUAAUAAUUUAGACUAAUUAUAAUAAUCAAAAUAAUAUAUAACAACAGUUACAGUAUAGUAAUUUAAAAAAUCUCCACAAUUCUGUAAGUAUGGUAAUAUUAUUUUUGUAAUAUUACAGUAUACCAAAAGUGUAACAUACCUUAUCAAAACAAACUAAAAUUAUUGAUUUGUGUUCAGUACUACAAUUAGAUUUUAAAAAGUAACAUUUUUAAUAAUUUUUUACUUUACCUAUAGUUAGAUUGUAAUUUUUAACAAGUAAAAAAUAAACAUUGAUAUAUUAGUUAUGAAUUAAUAUAAUAUUCCAUGUUCUCCCAAUUGAAAUUUAUGUCCAUACAACUAUAAAUUUAUGUCCAUAUAAAAUCACCUGAGUGUAGAGCGUGAGACGAUAUCCCUUAAGGCACUGUAGGGUUCAGUUCCAAAAAAAAAACAACUCUGUCAUAGCCCAGGCUUAGACUGGAAAGAUGUUCAUUUGAAAUUGAAAGGUAACAUUUUUGAGAGGACACUGAUCCUAAUUAUAUGGUAGGAAUUUUGCAAUAAUAAUAUAUUAAGGCUCAUGAUGUUUAAGUAAUUUUUUUUUUUAAUGUGCUACGGUAAUACUGUACUAUUAUUAUUAAUAUUACUUAUUACUACUAUAUUAUCAUUAUUAUUAUUACUAAUAGACAAUGCAACAUUCCCAAAUAUAAUAACCUUUGAACCCACAAUGGUGGGAAUUUUUAUAGCACCUUGUUAAUAAUACUUCUUUAAGUCAAACAAUAUUAUUAUUAUUAUAAACUAAAGGCUGAGAUUAAGUUAUAAAACUUAUUUGCCCCAGCACAGUUAAAUUUGAAAAUUACUGUUGGUUGUUUGGCUGGCUGGCGUGCGAGCAAUUUAUUCAUUUUAUUAUUAUUGACAUUACUUAUCCCAUAUUGCUUAAAGCGUCAAAUAUAAUUAAAGCUUUGACAGUAGCUUUUUCGAACAUCAUACAAAUAUGUUGGACUAGUCCAAUCACAAAUAUAUAUAUAUGUCUUGCUUAGGAAAAAAAAAUAUGACCCUAGAUUUUAAAAUGUUAUCGAUAAAUUUUUUGGCAGUUUUUUAUGCCCUGUUCAUAAAUACUGUAGUAUUGUAGUAAUUAUAAAACAAUAAUAAACAAAC